AUGACUACUGAUCGCAAAUGCUUUAUAGAAGAAAUACCAGAUGAGACGUUAGUAAUUGGAAAAUAUAAAGUUGAGCUACUUGAUCCCGCAACGAACACGUUUAUACCAGGUGGUAAUGGAAUUGGAAUGCAUGUUGAAGUGAAAGAUCCAGAUGAAAAACUGGUGCUAUCUAAACUCUAUACAUCAGAAGGAAGAUUUUCAUUUACAUCACAUCGUGUUCAUCUUGAUAUUGACAUUGGUGAACAUGCUGUUGAUUAUGGUCAAAUAAGUGCACGAGAAAAAUUAACUGAAUUACAAUUACGUGUUAGACAACUUUUAGAUCAAGUUGAACAGAUAACGAAAGAGCAGAAUUAUCAACGUUAUCGUGAAGAACGUUUUCGUGCUACAAGUGAAUCGACUAAUCAACGUGUGCUAUGGUGGUCGAUUGCACAAUUGGCUAUACUUGUAUUAACAGGUGUAUGGCAAAUGCGACAUUUAAAGAGCUUUUUUGAAGCAAAAAAACUUGUUUAA